AGACCCGCAGAACGAUGAAGAAGUAGAAGUGGUGGAAAUUUCGUGUAACUUUGCCUGCAAGAAAUCCAAAGGCCUGCUAGCGACGGCAAUGAUAUCCAUUAGGGACGACGAAGGUCACGUGACUCCCCUUCGUUGUUUAAUUGAUCCAGGGUCAGAGUCAAGCUUUUUAAGCGAACGCGCAGCACAAGCUCUGCGAGUCAAGAGGUCACCUGUGAGAGGAACUGUUACCGGUGUCGGCGACCUCCAGAUCAAGAUCAACAGCGCAGCACAUGUUCAAAUAUUGUCAAAUCAAGAUGACAGUUUCCAGCUAGAUGUCAAGGCUUAUAUAAUGCCCUCAAAGCUCACAUCACAACUACCAUCAAGGAAGAUAAAGUAUGACCCACAAGCCUGGUCACACAUACAGGGACUCACUCUGGCUGAUCCUAAGUUCCACCAGCCAGGGCGAGUAGACAUGCUACUUGGUGUAAAAGUGUAUGCACAAAUACUAGAAGGAAAGGUUAAGAAAGGUCCACCUGGCACUCCAUGCGCUCAAGAAACAAGCCUAGGUUGGAUAAUAUUCGGAGACGUAGAAGGCACAGCAGACACUUUACAAGAAACCAUAGUUGUGAUGCAUCAUCAGGUCGACGUAGACGACAUGUUAAAGGCAUUUUGGGAGAUAGACACUACAGAUACAAAGAAGAGUCUCACGAAAGAAGAAGAAAGGUGUGAAAUGAUUUACAAGGAGACGCAUACAAGAAACGAAGAAGGAAGAUACAUAGUAACGUUACCAUUCAAAAAAGAAGAAACACUAUCUCCAAAAGGACAUACAAGAGACAUCGCCAUGCUGAGACUGAAACAACAAGAAAGAAGAUUCGAAAGGGAUCCCAAUCUGAAGAAUGAGUAUGUUAAAGCUAUAGAAGAAUACAUGAAACUAAACUACAUUGAAGAAGUUCCUGAAGAAGAAGUUAACAAGGAAGCAGUAUACCUACCAUAUCACGCUGUGAUUAAAGAAGAAAAAGAAACUACAAAGACUAGAAUAGUCUUUAAUGCUUCUUCUAAAGGCUCUAAUGGCGUAUCCCUGAACGACGAGCUCCUAAUCGGUCCCCAUUUACAGGAAGACAUGCGAAAUCUAGUCAUGAGAUGGCGCAUGCGACGUGUAGCCAUGAUAUCAGACAUAAAGAAGAUGUACUUACAGAUUCUGAUGAGCCCGAAGGAUACCGAUUUCCAGAGGAUACUAUGGCGUAAAAAUACAAGCGAUCCAGUUAAACACUACCGACUGCUUCGCGUGACUUUUGGCACUGCUUCUGCGCCUUAUCUUGCUGUCAAGACGCUCCAACAAGUGGCAGAAGAUGAAGGCAAGGAGUACCCGCUUGCAUCGAAAACCAUAAAAGAAGAUUUUUUCAUGGACGACCUGAUGACCGGGUCAGACACCGUGCAAGAGGCUGUAGAUGUUGCCAAGCAGAUCACUGAAAUAUUGAAGAAGGGAGGGUUUGCACUCCAAAAAUGGGCUUCCAAUAGCACUGACUUCCUAAAAGAAUUUGAACCUUCAGAGAGAAGUACGCAUGUCAAAAUUGAUAUCGAGCUAGGAGGUACAAUCAAGGCCCUGGGACUGUGCUGGAAUAUGGGCGAAGAUAUCUUCCAGUACACUUUGAACUUAGCAGAUCCACCUGAAGUCAUCACGAAACGAAACAUAUUGGCUGACAUUCAGCGACUUUUCGAUCCAUUGGGUUGGAUAUCUCCUGCGUUACUGCCUGCAAAGAGAAUUAUACAGAAACUUUGGCUCUCACAUGUUGGCUGGGACCAUGAAGUAAACGAAGAAAUAAAGGAAGAAUGGCUAAGUCUACGAAAUGGAUUAGAGGAAAUUAAGAAUAUAAAGCUAGAUAGGUGGAUGAAUACGACACAGGACUCGAUGGAAGAUGUCACUAUACACGGCUUCUGCGAUGCUUCUAAUUAUGCCUAUGGCGCCGUGGCUUAUCUUCGCGCUAAAACACAAGAUGGAGAGUACAAGACGACUCUAAUAGCAGCCAAAACAAGAAUAGGACCUGUGAAGCCAAUGAGCGUCCCAAGACUUGAACUGUGCGGAGCUGUUCUACUAUCAAAACUGCUGAAACAAAUAAGCGAAGCAACCCGAAUACCUACCAGUAAGAUGUACGCGUGGACAGACUCUACAAUUGUGUUAUCCUGGCUGCAUGGAGAUCCUGCAAGAUGGCAAACAUUCGUAAGAAAUAGAGUGGUUGCCAUACAAGACAUUAUACCAAACCAAUGGUAUCAUGUUCGAACUACGGAGAACCCUGCUGACAUUUCAUCACGAGGUAUGGCGUUAAGUGAACUGAAGAACUGCGACCUCUGGUGGCAUGGACCGCAGUGGCUGAAACAUAAGAACAUACAAUUAGAACAUCCAAUAAUAGAAGAGACAGACCUGGAAAUGAAAAAAGUAACAAUACAGGUUAACCUAAAUAGAGAUGAAAAUACAGAAGUUUACAAAGCCUUACCUGAGAAGUUUGAAGACUAUGAUACUUUACCUGAUUUACUGAAGUCCAUCGUUUAUGCCAGAAGAUUCUUGACGUACCUAAAAGAGAAAAACACAAACACGGACAAGACUAUAACAACACAAGAAUUAGAGAAGGCACUACUAGUAUGUACAAAGGCUGUGCAAGCAGAAUAUUUCAAUGAAGACAUACAAAGCUUAAAAACAAGAAAAAGAGUAAGCACUAAGAGCAAAUUAAGAACUUUAAACCCUUACCUUGACGAAAAUGAUAUCCUCAGGGUGGGCGGUAGAUUGUGCCAUUCUGAGUUAGAUGAAGAACGAAAGCAUCCUAUAAUUUUAUGCAAAUGUCACUUUACAUACCUCAUCAUGCACGACGCCCACCGAAGAACCUUACAUGGGCGAUAUCAGCUGACCCUGAAUUAUAUACGGUCAAAGUACUGGAUCAGGGAUUACUAA